AGACAGCUCUCCAGCUUUUGGCGUUCUCCGUACAAAAGCAAAGACGAAGAGGAAGACUUCCCGUUGACUUUGGCGCUAGAACGACAGCAGAAGCGAUUCAGAUGAAGGAGAUGCUCGAGAUCUGACCAUUCAGCCCGGAGAGCUCGGCGGCCCGACUUGCCACUCGCCACGUCUCGCCUCCUGCGGUCUCAGCGCUCCGGAAAGCUCUCAGUGGCAUUUCCCAGUGAUGGCAAACCCGACAGAUUCUCUGAAAACUCGGAAACAAGAGGUUUUAGCUUCUUUAAGUGAUGAUAACGUGAAAACAGUUGUCCUUUCUGGAGAAGCUGGAGUGCUUAUAACAUGGAUGGCAAAAGAGAUAAGUGAUUCUGCCAGCCUCAUGGGUUCCUGCUAUGGAAAUAUUUGGGUGGUCCCAGGAUAUAAUUUUAAAGGCAAAUCUCUUGUUGAAUAUAUUGCCGUUCAGCUGUCUGCAUUUCCUUCUAAUGAGGUGGGGGAGGACGAUGACAAUGCUGAGAUGGAGCAGCAGGAGCAAGUAGUGGAUGUGGAACAGGAAAUAAAGAAAAAGCUUGACUUGAUGAAAUAUGCAAAACUCGAACAAAUGAAAGCUGCAAAGCCUGAAAAGAAGAAGUCUGGAAAGCCUGAACCAAAAGCGGCAGUAAAGGUUGAUCGGAAAGAUGCUCCUGGGGCUGGAAAAGAUCCAUAUUUUCUUGUAGUUCUGGAUGAUAUUAGGGAUGAAAAGACAAUUCUUGCUGCUUUAAGUGACCUCCUUCAUCACCAUGUGCGCUUUGUUAAGGUUUUAAUCACGAGAAGUGGCAGUAAUAUCGGUAUUGGCAAUGAGGGAGAUGGUGAUAUUAUUCAGACAGAUGAUAGAAAAUCAUAUGAAGUCGAUAUCAUGUCUUAUGUUGACUCAUUGGAUUUACUGCGGAAUAGGGUAAGGCGGGAAGUUUAUGGGGCAACAGGGUUUGAAAGACUGUUUGCAGCUAUUGGAAAAAGUAGCUCAGGUCAUGCUAGGGUAAUAAAUAUGAUAGUAGAAGCUUUGAAUCGCGUUAAGGACUCUGAAUUGGACAGUGCAGUUGAAGAAGCGGCAUCUAUAAUCGAAUCUGCUGAUAUCUGUUCAUUGUGGCAGCAUGCGUAUGAAAUGUUGCCAAGCACCCUCAGUAAGUGCUGUUGGCACUGCAGAUACUUAUUUGUCCCUCAUGAUAGUGUCACUGCCUGUGACAAAAGCAUCCACUACAAUGAGCUGAUAACCCACUGGUUACUGGAAGGAUAUUUUGAUCACCAUGAUCAUAUUGAGAAGGCCUAUGAGGAUGCACAUCGUACUCUGAUGGAGCUCAAAGAUCGUGGAUUUCUAAGAGAAAGGGAGUGUAGUUAUGUUUAUAUGGAAAGUGAUGCUUUGGGAGUGACUGAUCAUCGACGUGAUGGACUUAGCGGGGCAUGCCUUGGCGUGGCUAGUGUGCUGAGAGACCGAACUUGGGCUGGUCUUGGGAGGGUUAUACAGACGGAUGGGAUGGUCAAGGCAGGUCGUGGGAAAUGGAGUGAGAUGUCCACGCUCCUUAUUGAUGGUGCUCGUUUUCGCAGGGAAGCCCCUGAAACAUUCUUUAAACAACUUAAAGUCCUAGUCAUCUUAAAUCCGAUGUUCAAAAAGCUGUCCUCCCCACUUUCAAAGUUGAUGGAGCUUCAAAUACUUGUUCUUAGGGGCUGUCGUCUAUUGGAGAGUAUAGAUGAGAUCCAUGGACUUGUGAACUUACUUGUUCUUGAGAUAUCUGGGGCUUGUUUGUUGAAGGAAAUCCGUGAUGAUCUUUUCGAGCCUAUGAAAGAUCUUAGAUCGCUUAAUUUAUCUGAAGUUGGCAUUAAGUGGCUACCUUCUUCUGUCUUAAAUCGGAGUGAACUCCGUUGGCUCAUUCUUCGAAAGUGCCCCAAUUUGGAACAACUGUGUAACCCUUACUUGUUGAAGAAAAAGGAAGAAGCAAAACAGGAAGUGCUUUUAUUGGCAAAACUGGAAGUGCUUGAUUUCUCUGGUUCAGAAUCUUUCCAAAGUAUCCAGGUCAAGACCCUCAAUCCGCUCCAGAAACUUCAAAUUCUCAAUCUUUCUAAAACCAAGAUUGGGCGCUUGCCCUUUUUUCACAAUUUGGGAGAGCUCACUCGACUCCUCCUAAGUGACUGUGCAUCCCUGGCAAGACUUCCCACCCUAAGACCUUUAACAAAACUUGAGAUUCUCGUUCUUUCAAGGACAAAAUAUUUGAAAGAAGUACAAGAUGAUUCUCAAGAAACUAAAACUAAAUUUAGAGUUCUGAAUCUCACGGGUAGUGCUGUGAAUAAGCUACCUAGCAACAUCAAUGGCUUAUCUCAUUUUCUUUUGAGUGGUUGCGUUUGUCUUCCAAAAUUGCCAUCCACGCAGAACCUCAAAGGCCUUGAGGAGCUGGACCUUUCUGAUGCCUCUAUAUUGGAAGAAUUUGAAGAUGAUUCAUUUGGACAUCUGAAUUCCCUUCGCCGACUCAUCCUCUCAAAUACUAAAAUAAAAGCUCUUCCAUCACUUCCUGAGCAUUCUGAACUUCGUUUCCUCUUGCUAAAGAAUUGUAAAUGUCUUACUGAGCUGCAAACCUUGAGUAAACUUCAGAAACUGGAAGCUCUUGAUCUCUCAGGAUGCUCUGAGUUAGUGAUAGCAAGCAAUGACUCCUUUCAGGGCAUGACUCUCCUGAAGACGAUUGAUCUCUCAGAGACUCAAAUUAAAAGCCUUCCGCGAGAUUGCUUUCCUAUCAGCCUCCGUCAACUAAUAAUAAGAAAUUGCCCUGACUUGAAAGUCCAUAGCUGGAAAGACCUGCCAAAUCUAGAGGUACUCGACCUCCAUGGCUCAAAAUCUUUGAGCAAUAUACUUGGCUUUCUUUGUCAUAUGAGCAAACUAAGGAUUCUCAACCUCUCUGAAAUAAAAUUUGAAGAAUUGCCAUCGCUUUCUGACCUCACUAACCUUAGUGAACUCUCUCUGAGAGAUUGUUCCUGCAAAGUGUCAAAGCUGGAUGACCUAAAGGAGCUUGAGCUGCUGGAUCUAUCCGGGACUAAAGUUGAGUCUUUACCUACCCUUAAUACUUUCAGUAACCUUCGGCAACUGCUGCUAAGAGAUUGUGCUGGUUUGGGAGGUUUGGAAAACUUGGAUUCUCUAACCAAAUUGGAGGUUCUAGACCUUUCAGGCACAAAAAUAAAACAAUAUCCCUAUGAAACCUCGGCUCUGACUAGUCUGAGGAAGAUCAAUCUGCAGAAUAUGAAGCAUAUUAUGGGAAUUGAUUGGAAGAAGGUAAAGUAUAUUCCAGAGGAGUUCAACUUGGAAGGUUGUGGAUCCCUAAGUUCUGAGGAUCCUGCAUCUCCUUACAGUCCUUCCAUAUUGAUGUGUGGUACCAGCUUUCUCCAGUUCAUGGAAAAAAGUCCCAAGUUGUGGGUUACAUGCUUCCAAAAAUUUUACUUUUCUGUUUGGCUUCCCAAAAAUAGAGAUGGAAGAAUAUUCUACAACCUUGGAGACAGGAGCUUACUGACGGACAUGAAGUCUCAGGGAAGAAUUCCUCAUCAUGAAAAGCUAGGGCGGUAUCUGGAGAUCCAUGGAUCCUAUUGCAUUUCUGGUCUACCUGAACGUGUCCUUGAGCUUGCUGAUCACAUAUCGUUAAUUGAUGAUAGCUCUUUUAGUCACUUAUCUGAACUUGUUAAAGAGAAUUUGAAAUCGAUAAAGAGCUGCUGGCUUGAUAGGUGCACAAGUAUCAAGAGUAUAGUUAAUGUAGAAGAAGAUGCCAGAGCUUCAGGAAAGCUUGAGUUUCUUUAUCUGUGUAAUUUGUCUUCCUUAAGAUGCGUAUGUGAAGUGCAGUCCGAGGUCUUUGAAGGUCUUAAGAGCUUGCAUAUAGAGUGCUGCCCAAUGCUCGCCAGCAUCUUCCCAUUGUCCAAGCUGCCAAGGAAGCUCAAGACCCUGCGGAUCAAAUUUUGUGAUGAAAUCAAAGAGCUAUUUAAACCUGGGAUGUCUGCAGAAUGCAACUUGCAGACCUUAGAUCUUAUGGAAUUGCCGAAGCUUGAGAGAAUUGGGGUUAUGAUGGCCUCCCUGCAAGUACUGAAAGUGAGAUGGUGCCCAAAUCUCGAGAAUUUUGAGGAAGUGCUUGGAGAAGCUGAAAAUCUGGAAACUCUCCAUAUUUCUUGUGCUGCUAGGCUGAAGACCAUAUGCAAUCAGAGCUUCAACAAACUAAAACAGCUCAAAAUAGAGUCUUGUCCCCAGCUCAAAGAAGUUUCUCCCUCAUCUGAAUUACCGCAAAACCUGGAGGUUCUUGAGAUAGACUCUUGUGAAAGCUUGGAAACUAUAUUCGUAGGCAGCUCAGCAGGUUCUUCAUUGUCAAGAGUACGACUGCACUGCUUGCCUAAACUAAGCAGCAGUGGGUUCAUAGUAUGUCCUCGAUAUGAUGUCAGCAGCUGCCCAAAUCUGCAAAUACACCGAUCUGGUUGAGAGAGAGGCAUUUCACCAGUCUUGAAUCUGUGAUUAUCCAUUGAAUGCAAGAGAAAUUCCCCCCGAAAUAUCUGGCAGAUUUUUUUCUUCUGCGAUGUAUCAAAUGAUCAUGAUCAUCAUGAAUGGAAAGAGAAAACAUUGGAGGCUUACUAGCUGCAAUGUCCAACCACCCUUGCUCUAACUCAAUGCGUAUGUUUCCUUGAGGGUUGUGAUGCAGCAUAGAAUCAGAUACUGGGGAUCAGGUGUGACUUAAUUUUCAUAUAGCAUAGUCUGUCAAGUCUACACUGUUCUUUGAUGUUUGGUUUUAGGCUCCUCAUUUUGUACGUACACUUCCAUAUAUGUACUUACUCAAAUCCUGCGUAAAUCGAUACCACUGCAAUAGCAGUGUUGUCAUACCUCUCUAACGGAACUCCCCACUUUUCAAUUUGUCA